AUGGAUAAACAUCGAUCAAAAACUGUGAUUAUAUUGGAUCGUAGUAGUUAUUUUUGUCGUCAAUCUGGUGUAACGUUUAAUGUUGUUCCAUCAACGAAUGAACAACAAAAACAAGAUGAAACGAAUAACGAGAACACAAGUGGUAUUAAAUCUUUAUGGACAUGUGUCAUCGAGGCCGUCUUAGAAUAUUGUCGAAUUUUAUUUGAUAUUUUUGAAAAUGAUGCAUUGGUUACACUCAUUGUCACUGGAAUAGAUCAACGUGAUCAGUCGUUAUGGUGGUCAAGAUACAAAAAUCUUACGCAAUGUAUGGAUUUUUUUGCUGGAGUAAUGCCACCGUCUGAACGACAAUCGUCGAAUGAAGAUGAUUUGUUAAAAUACUCGAUUAAUGAAGCUAUAACUGCUUUAUGUACAAGAUCAAUAAAACAAACGGGAACAAAUAAUUUUGAUUACGAGAAUGAUGGAAAUAUUAUUAUUUUUUCAAAUUUUCAAAAUGCUAAAAAAAUUGAAUCAGUCGAGCGCGAUGUUCGGAACUUUCAUGAAUUACAUAAUCAUAUGGCUCUCGAAGUUACAGAUUUUGUUCCAUUAACAAAAUGUAGUUUAUCACUUAUUGAUGUUCUACCCUUGGAUAAUAACGAUAAAAUUCAAACAUCAAAUACACAGUCACACAAGAUAACAUCAAUUUUAACGCGUACAAUAUAUUAUGCUAAAGCUGGUCAAUCACUAUUUACAAAAACUCUUCAAAUGAUUUUAGCUCAGCAUAAUCUUGCUUUGACAACAGUUACAGGCAUUCCAAUGAAGGAAGAUGUUGCAUCUCGUUCCAGUCUGAAUUAUGAUGUUGAUAUUGUGCAUCCAGCUGAAGUACAUGACAUUUUAAGGGACAUGGGUGCACUAAAAUAUUGGCGUCAGAUAAAAGAUGAUGUUGAAACAAUUGUUUUAAAAUGGAGUGCUUUUUCAUACGAUCCAGAGAAUUAUUAUGAUACAUAUUCAGCUUAUCGUUUUUCACCAUUGGAUGUUAAUAGUCGUGAAUCUGUUUGUUUAACAAAUUUUCUAUUGAGCGGUAAAUGUGUACUGCUAGAAUUAGGACAAUUACCACAAGAAUGUACAAUAAAUAUUCGUGAUCAUUCAUUAAGUAACUAUUCAAAUCUUAAAGAAGAAGAUAUAAAUCAAAGUGGGUCAACAACUACUAGUGGUGGAAGUGGAACAGAUGAAGCAUCAUCAAAUAGUCGUUUAUUUUCGCACAUGAUAAUAUCACAUAAUCAUGAAUUGUAUAUUCAUGCCAUUGCCUUUGGUCAAAAUCAAAUGAGUAAAAUAGCACCCUGGUAUAGUAUUACUGAGGAUAGUAAUAAUCAACAGCAACGUUUACAAAUGAGUAGUUAUGAUCAAGAUGAUUUUGAUGAUAUUGAUGACGAUAUAAUUGAAAAAGAUUUACGUGUAGAAAGUUUUAUUGAAAUUAUGCAUGCAACAACAUUAUAUCCAGUAGAAUCGACGUUACAUGGAAAAAUUCCAAUAGAAGAUUCAUUGCGUCUACUUGAACGUCAUACACGUCAAUGGCCAUUAUUAACAAAUGAAACAAUAUUGUAUCAUAUGUCACCGCCAGUCAAUAUAUUAACAACGGUUUUACUUCGCGAACGUUUAACUGAAGACGACCGUACUCGAUGUCUAGUGGCCUUAAAACAUGUUGAAGAUAUGGAGAAAAGUGGUGAACAAUUACCAAUUCCAGCCAAUUUUCAAUAUUUUACAAAAUUGUCCACGACUAAAGCAAAAAAAGAUGAACAAUAUCGUUUUCUAUGGAAAGAAAUUGAAUGCUUUCUUCGUAGUCACAAAGAUAAUUCAGAUAUACAUCGUCAAAUUUAUCAACAUGUUCUUGAGAGAAAAAAAAUUGAUACAGACAAUGACGUUUCAUUAUAUCCAAGCAAUAUUAAAGACAAGGGUAAUGACGUUGAAAAUUCAGCAGCAAAUAAUGAUAAUGUACAAACUUGGGGCAGAACAUGGUCAGAAUUAAGCGAUAUCAAACAAGUUUUAGCUGCUAAUUCAUUGAGAGAUAUUUGGAAUCGUAAACAACAGGAAAAACGUGCACCCGAAUUCGAUGCUCGUGCUGAACAUCCAUUAGGAAUUAUUCCAUUGUAUGUUAAUUUGGAAACGUCAGUUGCUGCUAAUUCUACAACAACAACAGCAACAACAAUAACAGCGACUGCUACACCCUUGAAAGAAAUAGAAUAA